GAAGGAAUCACUAGCGUCCGCGUUUUGUAGGGAAUGAGUUGUGUUACAGCUUGAUACAUGUAGCCUUGAAGUGGCCCAGCUUAGAGACGUUGAACGUUGAAGUUUAUAAGGAUGUUAAAUCGGAGGAGCGACCUGCGGCUCUCACCGGGGUCCGUCUCCAGCACGCUGGAGGAGGGAGUCCGCAGACGGAUUUGUGUUUACGACUGCCGCAACGACAGAGAGGUCAAGUCGGAAAGUCUGGAGGCAACCGGCGUGGACUUCAACGAAUUUCUCCAAGAUUUGCAAAAGACAUUUUCAAUCGAUCCACAUGAAACAUUUGUGUUGGCUGCGACGGACAGAACAGUCUUGGAUUUUAACAAAUUUGAGGAGCUGCAGGAUGGCAGCACCCUGCAUUUGUUGAAGCAGGAGGAUCAGGCUCUGCCAGCAGCGACACAGGAGCGCAUCGACUUCACGCCUCAUUAUAACACUUUGAUUGAGAGCGGCAAGCACGAGUACAGCACUUGUGAGGGCAAGAAGCCAUUCUCGUAUGCACUCGCUGAGCUGAUUGACAACGCGCUUUCAGCCACUGUUAAAAACGAUGGUGCUAGGUCAAUAGAGAUACGAAUGCUCUUAGAUGAAACUCUGGGGAAACCUGCAGUCAUUGUUUUAGAUAACGGGUGUGGGAUGUCCCCCGAGGACCUCAACGACUGGGCAAAGUACAGACUCUGUAAAUUCAAAAGGAAAAAAACCACUGCAGGUGAAGCCUAUGUCCGGCCUGAUCCUGUCCCUCGAAGUCUCAACAGUGACAUAUCCUACUUCGGUGUUGGAGGGAAACAUUCUGUUUUCUACAUCGGGGAAUCAGCCAGGAUGAUCAGUAAAAAAAGAGGCUCCCCCGACGUGCAUGAGCUGACUCUGUCAAAAGAAGACUUUCAGAAUAAAGAAAAGAAUAAAGAAGAUGUCUUCAGCACGGUCAUCACAAACAGAAGGCCUGGUGACUCUUCACAUGUGACAAAAGAUGACGAGCGCUUCCUCAAGGCGCUCAUCCGUGAGGAAAGGACGAGGGAAAGCUUCACAGCUGUGAUUAUCACGGAAGUCCAACCUGAGCACAUAGACUUUAUGAAAGAUAAAUUUAAAGUUUUGACCAGACAGCUAGCUCAUAUUUAUCACUAUUACAUCCACGGACUCAACGGAAACUCCAUGAGAAGCAGCUCUUCAAACCAGGAUAAUUCUCCAAUGGUGGACAUUCAGGUCACUCUGCGGGAAAAGCCCCCCAGAUUACCCAGUGUGAUGAACCUUAGGGAGGUGGAGGACGACAUGCAGAGUCUGUACAUAAAUAGUGCCACAGACACGUUUGAGUUUAGGGCCUCCACUCAAGACAACAGUGGCAAAGUGGAGGGAAUCAUUCGAUAUCAUCCCUUCCUCUACGACCGGGAAACCUACCCUCAAGACCCCGACGCUAAUGAAGACUCCGAGGAUAACGAGGUCAGCAAUGACGACGAGUCUGGAGUCGCGCACCAGGCAAGACCGAAAAGGUCGAUAUUUGACUUUUUCUGGAAUGGACGACUCAUACCAAAAACUGGAUCCUUUGAGUUUGAUUGGUGCACUCCCAAGGGAAGUAAGGUGCCAGCAGAGUGUUACAGUCGGUUUUCAGGGGCGCUUUUCACCAACGACGCCUUCAAGGUCACCACAAACAAGCUGUCCUUCGUGGACCUGGAGCUGACUCUGAAAAACAAGGAUAUUAUCUUCACCCGUGUUGAAAAUGGAAAGAAUCGCAGAAAAGUCGACAUUCGAAGGGACUUUACAGAUUGGCUUCAGACCUGUCACAACAAGCACGACAAACAAAUCAAGUUUGUUGACUACAAGGAGACCAUAACAAGAGAAGACAUGCCAAAGAAGAUGCAGCAACCCUGGGAGACGUUUUCCUCCAUCGAAUGGGACGGGAGAAUCUACAAGACAGGCCAACUUGUGAAGUCUCUGAAAACAAGGUCCAAUCUGUAUGGUACCAUACUUCGUUUUUUGCUGUACGGUAAAACAGAAAAAACGAAUGGAAGCGUCUUUGCUACAGGAGGACAGGUUGAACUGGUUCUGGAACCAAAAGCACUUCACGAUAAGAACAAGAUCAUCUCCAUUUCCAAGAUAGACAAGACAGCCACCGAAGAAGCCAUCUUGAAACACAUUGAAAGUGACUCUGCCAAGCUUCCAGAUAAACUCAGAGUGGAGUGGCCUGAAGGUAAUCCCUGGAAGCAGAAUACAGGAUACCCAGCAGGGACCCAGUUAGGACCACUCAAAGUUGAAAUUCUCGACAAGAACGGAGUGUCGAUGGCCAGGAUGCCAAAAGGGGAACAAGGACCUGGAAAAACCCUGGUUAUCCAGCUCAAAAUAGUCCGCGAAGACAGUGACGAUGACGUGACUUUCGUUGCCCGUUAUUCUCUAAAAUGGGCUUUCUGGUUCAAGAAAAAUGCGGGUCUGACUGUGCUGGGGAAGUAUACUCUGACUCUGUCCUCUAUGAUACAGGAGAACAAUAAGACGGUUAUCGGAGACAAAGAGCUUCCAAGCUACAAACUCAGUUUCAGUAUCACAGAGGGAAUUGCUCAGAAAUUUGUCAUCGGUGCAUCAAUGAGUCCCACCAUUCAUGUGGGAGUGCCGUUCGACAUUCCUCUGCAGAUAAAAGAUGCUUAUGACCACUCAACCCGUCCCCCUCCUGAUCUCAAACCUGUUCUCAAAUGCAGUGAGCUGGAACUGAGUUUUGAAAAAACAGACACCCGAGGGUCCACGUUCACCAUCAAAGGUGUCAGAGCCAGAGGAAAAGUUCAAGAUUACCAACAGAUAAAGACAUACGACCUCAACGUGACCCUGCCUGGCCUGAAAGAAGACACACAGAUGAUCAAGAUCAGUCCUCUUCCCGGCAAGCCGCAUUCUCUCCAUGUGAAACCAGAAGACGAGCCGGUCACAGUAGAGAACGGAGACACCGUCAAGUUUAAUGUAGAAGUUCACGAUGAGGCAGGAAACAUCACUGCUUACCCAAAACAGAUCGUUCAAUGUAAGGUUGAUGGGCUUCCAUUCAAGGCAAUAGACUGCAGCAGCACAGGAGCUGGGCAGCUUGAGACUGAGCCCAUAAAUCUGAAAAUAAUCCAUGGAGAACCACAGAUGCUCAAGGCUGAGUUUCAGAUACCUAAUAAGAAGAACAUUGCGACGGUGGUGAGGGAGCUGAAGGUGGUCCCCAGCAGAAGAGUCUUGAGGAUGGAGCUCGGCAGUGUGGACGAUGAGAAUCUGGUGCUAAAGAACUAUGAAAAGAUCGAGUGGUUGGCUGGAAGCUCGUUGGAGAACCUGUUCUUCAAGCUGUUUGAUGAAGCGGGUAGAGAGGUAUCUCUCUCUCCAGAAAUAGCCUCAAAGAUCAAGGUUACCUGGACUGCAGAUGAAAAUCUGGAAGAUCUGCUCCAGGGGAGGCUGCCCGACUUACAGGUGCCCACACAGGCACAUAGAGAGCAACGCUACCAGGUGUCCUACCAAGACCAGAGUGUGUCCUUCUCUUUUUACAUCACACCUCACCCUGAUGAACCAUCAAAGAUGAAAGUGACUCUGCCAACAAAAAACCCAGUGAAGCUGGGGGAAACCAUGUCUGGAAUCACCUUGGAGCUUCUGGACCAGUAUGAUAAUGUUACCCCAACACUAACCCCCACCUGUGUGGACCACAUGAAGGUGGAAGCAGAGGGUCUGGACCAAUCGGCCAUUAACUUUGUAUUUGAGGAGAGCAGCAGCUCAGUGCUCGUGACAGGGGUGAGGUUUCAGUCUGGGUCUCUGGGCGCCAGAGAGCUUUGCUUCACCUACAUGAGCUUUGAGGUGCGAGUCAUAGUUAAGAUGACAAAUGGAGACCCUGCAAAGCUGGAACUAGUCAGUGGGCCAGAAAUGCCUUUGCAGUUGUUCAAUGAUAAUGGCAUCGCUACACCCUUCGUCAUUCAACUGUAUGACGAGUGGGGGAACCCCUGUCCGGACCAGAGGGUUUCUGUAGAGCUGAGGUCUUCACCCCCGGCACUCAAGGUGAUGUCACCUGUUGCAUCAAUGCCUGUGAACGCCAAAGGGACAGUGUCUUUCACUGUGAACAGGGUGAGCGGACCAAAGGGGUACUAUCAGCUGGAGUUUAUGGGCUUCUUCAACAAAAAACCCAUCCCUGGUCCAUCAGUAAACCUUAUCGUCAUCCCUGAUCCCCACAAGCCUGUCAGGCUGUCAGUGCAGUAUGAUACAGCUGCAAAGUUUACUGCUGGGGGAAAAUUCACAGCUUUUGCUGUGACCGUGGAGUCUGAGGAUGGAAGCCAAAUGACGACUUUUAACCCCGCUGCUGCGUCCAUGCUGCUGUGGAAAGGGGCGUCAUCAGGAGGGAUACCUCCUCAAACGGCCACCGAGCUGAAGUGUAGUAAGCCCAUGGAGAAUGAAAACAAAGACUGCUUUCACUUCAGAGAUAAAGACAUACCACAACCUAUCGGAGAGUACACCAUUCAGUUUUCUCUGCGUCUGGGGAGAGAAAAAGUCCUGUACAGCCCUGAGAUGAAGAUAAAAGUGGAGGCCAAUCAGCCCGUCAAACUGGGGCCCAAGGCUCAGCCAACACCCCCGGUAGUUUCCUACAGUAAAGACAUCUCCAGCCGGACCUUGGUGCAGAAUCUGACUCUCUUUGUAAUGGAUUCAUAUGGAAACCCAGCGGGGCAGAACCUGAAUGGAGAAGUGCUUGUUUCUAUAAGGGACUCGCAGAAUGCAGAAAGACGCAGAAACCUCCCGCGGUUUGAUGGCAAAGCUAGCCGCUGUGUGAUCAGCUUGGUGGAUGGAAAAGCCCACAUUGAUAGGCUGACUAUCAUGGAGAACAGUCCGGGAUACAACGGCAAUUCAUACACGCUCCUCUUUGAGCCUGAUGUGCAGUCGGUUCCCCUGACUCCCUUCACGCUCCCCUUCCAUUUUUUUAAUGAUGCUGAGAACCAAAGAAAGAUGUCUGAGCUGUCCAAGAAGACAGUUGAUCUCAAUAAAGCAAUCGAUGUAUAUAAAACAAUCUUUACAAAAUAUGACACUCUCCUUCCUAUGUUGAACGAUCAAUGGCUGGAUACAUGUAAAAAAGAGGCCGAGCAGAGAAAGAAGCUGAUCAACAGCCGAGUGAUAUCAGCACAACAUGUUACCUUGCAAAGUAUUGGCAGACUGAUUGUAGAAAAAAACAAAGAAGUGGAGAGGAUCUUCAACACGCCCAGAAGAGUCUACCCCCACCGGGAUCAGUUCAAGGAGCUGCCGGAUGUUUUGGGAAUGGUUGGUCACCUGGCUUUUAUAAGUGACGACUCAGAAGCGAGGGUCAUCUCCUGGCACCUCAGAGGCGACAUGAGAUGUGUCGUUACUAAAACCAGGGAAGCAGCACAGAGGAUCUAUCAUAACACCCAAGGACAGCAGGAGGUCUUGCCCCUCACCAGUGUAUACGUGGCACAAGUCAACGGGCCGCUGCCACACUUAAGAAACGGCCGUCUUCUCUUUGAGCCCCGUGGGAACCCAGUGUUCGCCAGAGAUCUCCUCAAGUACCCUAGUGACCAACACCAUCAGAGCUGUGCGACUGUGUUUAAAAACUUCCUCGCAAAUACUAUUCUGAUCGAUGACCUGGACUCUGGAAACCACUACAGAGAGAUGGUGGUGCAGGGUGGGUCACAAUGUCCCACCAUCCUGACCAGGCAGGGGGACAGGAUAAGUGGUAGGGGCAAGUUUGGAGGCUCACAGAACAGUGCCCCCUCGAACUUGCCAGACGUUUUUGGAGCCCCCCUCCCACAGGAGUAUUUCACUCUUAAGGAACAAAUAGAGCUCCUCCGUCAGUAUUGGAUAGUUGUGCAGAAGAGGGAUAAAGCCGAAAAGGAUUUUCAAGACCAAUCAAACAAACAGAAGUCCCCUGAGGUGCUGAAACAGAAACAAGACAUGGACGAGAAAAUCAAAGAACUUGACGAGAUCAACAGACAAAUUGAGUCUUCACGAUUAGGACCGGUGAAACGUCCUGGUGCUGGUGAGCCAUCGGGGAUUCAUACAAAGAGAGGAAAGCCAGCCUCAUAGCUGGUGAAAAUGUGUUUAGUGAAGUCUUUUAUUUUUUUUUUAUAUUUGAGCCUUUAUGUUGGAAUUAUUCAUUUUUAUUAUGUAAAUAUGCUGCAUUAUAUUUUGUACUCAUCAAUCAACCGAUUUUUCUGUUUAAUAACCUGAGCGAAUGUCUGGAAUGUUUCCAAAUCAGAAAAUACAUAUUCAUUGUCA